CUCAGAGGAGACAGCAAGGCCACCAGCUAGGGGAGCCCUUGAAGGUGUCUGCCUUUGAUGGAUGCAGAGCAGAGACCCGGCACUGCACCGCGAUUCUUCCAAGGUCACAGUUGGAGCCUGAUCCGAGUCCUGGGCGGCCUGACUCCAGCGGGCCAGGGUUUGUCAGGAGCCUGCUUGAGCCCAGGCAAGAGGUGUUCGGAGCAGCCGGGAUCGCGGAGCUGGAUGAGGCCCUCCACCGCUCCCUGCCCUCCAGUCACCUUCCCACGAUCCUUCCCGGGAGGGGCGUCCCGGGAGGGGCGGGCGGUUACCUCAUCCGUGUCUCCGGGAGGCCCCGCUGGCUCGCUGGCUCGCGCCGCCAGUCGCGGCUGGGGCGGUGACUCCCGGCGCUGGUGCGAGAGGACAGAGGGGCCGAGGCGCCGAGAGGCAGCACCGCUGCCGGACCCGUGCCGCGAGGGGGUCGGACCUCCGGGCCCCCCGCUGCCCGGCGGCGCCGCGGUUGGCGCUGCGGGCGGAGGCGGUGUCUGCGCGCGGCGCGCCGGGUCUGUUCGCUCCGGAGCUUUGGCACCCGCCCGAGCUGCUAGUGCGUCCGCCGCGGUCUGCCCGCUCGGCUGUCUGCCCUCCUGCUGCCAGCCCUGCGCUCGGGCCCGGCCUCUCCUGUCCUCGGGUGCUCAGCGAGGCGACGAGGAGCGCGGCGGGGCCGGGGCGCACCGGACAGGGCGCGCGGGGCGCACGGCUGGGCGCGCACGGCGCGGCGCCGGCCCAUGA